UCAUUGGCAUGCUGUGAAACCCUAAAACAGGGUCACUGCAGACCUUUCUCCCCCUCCCAAAACCCCCGGUCUUUUUUUUUUUUAGUGUUCUGUGUUUUUGGGUUCGGGCACGCCCCGCAGCAGAUUCCGGCGAUUUUCAUCACGCAGCCAUGAGCUUCCGAUUUCACCAGUACCAGGUGGUGGGGCGGGCCCUCCCAACAGCUACCAAUGAAACUCCCAAGGCCUACCGCAUGAAAUUAUGGGCGACGAACGAAGUGCGCGCUAAAUCCAAGUUUUGGUACUUCUUGAGAAAGUUGCAGAAAGUAAAGAAGGCCCACGGACAACUUCUUGCUAUCAAUGAGAUCUUUGAGAAGUAUCCAACCACCAUCAAGAACUACGGGAUCUGGGUGCGAUAUCAAAGCCGAACCGGCUACCACAAUAUGUACAAGGAGUACCGUGAUCUUACACUUAAUGGAGCAGUGGAGCAGAUGUAUGACGAGAUGGCUUCCCGUCAUCGGGUGCGCUUCCCCUGCAUCCAGAUCAUCAAGACUGCUACCAUCCCUGUGUCUCUGUGCAAGCGUGUGAAUACCAAACAGUUCCACAACUCGAAGAUCAAGUUCCCUCUGACUACCCGAAAGAUCCGGCCACCUUCGAGGAGUCUUAAGACUACAUAUAAGGCGUCCAGGCCUAACACUUUUGUCUAAACAUUUGUUGAAUUUUUUGGAAUGCCCCUUUAGGAAUUUCAAUCAGUAAAGCCAUGAGAGGGUUCUUUCAUUUCCGGUUUUUUUUCACAGUUAAUUCAUUACAAUGAUGUCUUAAGUGUUCUUUUAUACUCAAUAUCAUUAUCUGCUUUUACUCUGGGCCAUUAUGUACUGUUCAUGGAAAAAUACAUGAAGCAUAUUCUGGCUCA